CCAAAUUUUUUUAUCACGAAAUUUUACUGAUAAGUCGCAUUCCCGCGAUAAGAACCAUUUUGGCAGUCAGAUGAGUACGGAACUUCAUAAAGCAAGGCUAGUGGAUCAAACGUAGUGUGAAAUGAUAUUAGAUUUGUGAUUGCGUAGAAUAUAUAAGUAUAUUCAAAGAAGGGAAGAUAAGAAUUUUUACUUAUGCCAACAUGAAUUGCCUCGGUGACUCGCGAAAAGACUUAGCCGGCGACAGAUAUUCGAAAUCCACUGGUAAUCUCCACGACACGCUAAUGGCUGAAUUACAAACGCGCCUUCAAAAAGCCGAAGUGAAAUCAUGUGAAAAUCUAAUAUCUGAUCGUGAACCUGUUGUGAAACAUUUAAUGAAGAAAAGUCAAUCCUUCCGGUCCGAGAAACCAACCACGAAACUCAAGAAAAGUGAAACUUUCUCCGCUUCUCCCAAAGGAAAUGGUACUAUCUAUGGAACCAAACUUUCUGGCAACCAAAUGGACUAUGUUUUUAAAAAUGUACCAAAAUUCCUAGUGGAAUGUUGCAAGCGUAUCGAAGGACGAAUGGAUCAGUUAGACGAAGUCCAAGGAGUGUACAGAGUCCCGGGAGAAUUCAGUAAAAUCCACAAAAUCGGAAGAAAGGUUGUGAAAGGUGAUUUCGACUAUCUCGAUUCAGUUGACUGUGUGAAUAUUCUGGCUGGAGCUGUUAAGUUAUUCCUGCGGGAAAGCCAGACACCGCUGGUAUCUAGUGAGGAAAUUCAACAGGAAGUUAAUCGAGAGAAAUGGUGUAGCUCAUCAGAUAAGGCUAAAUGUGAUAAUUUAAGGAUGUUCUUUACGAAUUUAGAUCCUGUUAGAAAAGGAACUCUGGAAUACAUUCUGAGGCACUUGAAAAGACUCUGUGAUACAUAUCCGGAAAAAUUGAACUCUAAAAACUUUGCAAUAAGCAUUGGACCAGCGAUAAUUCAUAUAAACAGUAAAGCUUGCCUGAACGUUACAGAUACUUUGAUAGAACAUGAUAUUCUGAAUGAUUACCUGGAAUUCAUGAUUGAUAAUUGCUUCGAAAUAUUCAAGUGAGCUACCGUAGCAUAGAAGCAGGAGAGUGUAAAUCAGGAUGAUGACUAUGGUGAAGAGUUGAUAUUAGAGACGACUUUAUAAGUAUCAUUUUAAUUAAGGACAAAUUUCAAUGUGAUGAUCAAUAAAACUUACAGUACAAAAUGAUUUUCCAG